CCUGAAGGGCCUGUCCUGGCCUGCCUGCUGUUGCCUGCAGCCCCCAACUCUGGGACUUACACAGCCUUACCCACCCCUUGGCUGCUGCUUCUGGGCCAGUCCCUUGACUUCACCACAACUCAGGACUCUCAUCUGUAAAAUGGGGGUGUUCAAGAAGGCAAGCCCGAAUGGAAAGCUCACUGUCUAUCUGGGAAAGCGGGACUUUGUGGAUCACAUCGACCUCGUGGAUCCUGUGGAUGGUGUGGUCCUGGUGGAUCCUGAGUAUCUCAAGGAGAGGAGAGUCUACGUGACACUGACCUGCGCCUUCCGCUAUGGCCGGGAGGACCUGGAUGUCCUGGGCCUGACGUUUCGCAAGGAUCUCUUUGUGGCCAACGUGCAGUCCUUCCCGCCAGCCCCUGAGGACAAGAAGCCCCUGACACGGCUGCAGGAGCGCCUCAUCAAGAAGCUGGGCGAGCAUGCCUAUCCUUUCACCUUUGAGAUCCCUCCGAACCUCCCGUGCUCUGUGACAUUGCAGCCAGGGCCUGAAGACACGGGGAAGGCCUGUGGUGUGGACUACGAGGUCAAAGCCUUCUGUGCUGAGAACCUGGAGGAAAAGAUCCAUAAGCGGAAUUCUGUGCGCCUGGUGAUCAGGAAGGUUCAGUACGCCCCGGAGAGGCCUGGGCCCCAGCCCACAGCUGAGACCACAAGGCAGUUCCUCAUGUCGGACAAGCCCUUGCAUCUAGAAGCUUCCCUGGAUAAGGAGAUCUAUUACCAUGGAGAACCCAUCAGCGUUAAUGUCCACGUCACCAACAACACCAACAAGACAGUGAAGAAGAUCAAGAUCUCGGUGCGCCAGUAUGCGGACAUCUGCCUUUUUAACACAGCCCAGUACAAGUGCCCUGUGGCCAUGGAAGAGGCUGAUGACACAGUGGCGCCCAGUUCAACAUUCUGCAAGGUCUACACCCUGACCCCCUUCCUGGCCAACAACCGAGAGAAGCGGGGUCUCGCCCUGGACGGGAAGCUCAAGCAUGAAGACACGAACCUGGCCUCCAGCACCUUGUUGAGAGAAGGAGCCAACCGGGAGAUCCUGGGCAUCAUUGUUUCCUACAAAGUGAAAGUGAAACUGGUGGUAUCUCGGGGCGGUGACGUGGCCGUGGAACUGCCCUUCACCCUAAUGCACCCCAAGCCCAAAGAGGAACCUCCACAUCGUGAAGUUCCAGAGAAUGAGGCACCGGUAGAUACCAAUCUCAUAGAACUUGACACAAACGAUGACGACAUUGUGUUUGAGGACUUUGCCCGCCAGAGGCUGAAAGGCGUGAAGGACGACAAGGAGGAAGAGGAGGAUGGUACUGGCUCACCACAGCUCAACGACAGAUAGACUGGGGCCGGCCCUCCCUCUGGGCAGCUCCACGGCCGCUCUCGUGCACUAGGAUGCUUACUCGUCUUCUUCCUGUCCUCGUUCCCUCUCCCCUUGUUCUUCUAGUUUCUACCAGGGGGCCCAGUGGUCUUCCGGGUUACAGUGGUGAACCUCCGGCCUCAGGAUUGGCCCAUCACCAUGCUGUCAGGGCCACAUGGGCCACCUUCAACCCUCUCACCCCUCUCAUGGGUCACCCCUCCAGGCCUCCCCCCUUUUCCUGCUGACUCCAGAAAGGCCAUCCUGGCUUUGGCCUUGGGAUUUGACUUGGGAUGGGGAGCAGAAUGGGGAGGGUGGGGCAGAGAGCUCAAGACAUGUGAGGAGAUGGCCACGGUCCCAGGUGGCUGGCACAUCUCUGGCAGCUAAAAGAUGACCGUGCCAAGGGCUACCCUCUUCUGGCUAGGAGGGGCACACCUGUGGAUAGGGUCUCAAUACCUUUUUGGCAUUUGGACCUACCAAACGCCUCUCCCCUUCCACCUCUCUGUCCCUAUCCUGUGUCCCUCUGUGUCUGCCAGUGACAUUGGUGAAGGUUCACGGACCUCAGGAGUAGAGAAAAGCUACUGGACUGCCAUUCUUACCAGCAGUUACCCAGUCUAAGGCAAGCUGUGUGAACUAGCCUGUCUAAUUCAGUACUAUCAGGAUGGAACAUCCUAGCUACCUUGUAGCUUCUGUGUGUGUCCUAUCUGUACACAUGCAUAGAGAGACAAGGGAGGGGUCCUCACAAAGCACUGCCUGGUGGCAUAGAGGGUCCACACUCCUGAGGAGGUUUCCGGAAAGGUGGCUCUGAAAGCUGGGGUUAGGGGCAAGAAGGUGAGGAUCUGCUCUUCUCUCCUUUGCAGAUGUAAGAGCAAACAGUGAUCCCAUGGGAAGUAAGGCUGGAGGUCCAGAUGGGGCUGGGGACACCCAUAUCCUACUACCUCCCCUUGCAGUUUUCCACAGCUGGGCUGGCCCUGCAGGCUGGGAGAGAGUGCCCACCAUGUGCCACCAUGCCCACAGUGCCCACCAUGUGCCACCAUGCCCACAGUCAGGGCCUCCUCCCCCAGGAGGCAGCAUGGUCCAUUGAUAUCCCUCACCUAAAAGGAAGGGGGCUGCUGGGUAGCCAGGAACCCUUCAUUUCCUUGGGGAGUUGAUGAUUCCCCCACACACCGUCCAUCCCCCCCGCCACCCACCACCAGUAGCUCCCAGUGCCAUGGAUACCCAGUACCCAUUAACUGGUGUUGCUGUGAUUGGGACCUGGGGCAUUUUUAGGCAAUAAGGCAGGCAGAUGACGAGGUAGAAAUUGAUAAAAGGUAUUUGUUCUUGUUUGACCUUUGACACCCACUUACUGUGUGACCUUGGACAAGUUCCUUUCUCCUUCUGGGCCUCAGUUCUUCACCUAGAAGACCAAAGGGUUUGACCAGAUGAUCACAAAGGGACCUCCCAGCUCUGGCCUCCAAGAAUAUGUAAACCUCAAAGUUUCUGGUAUGACUGGUAGAGCCAGAUCCAGACCAUUGACUCUGGUCUGUCUGCUUCCAGAGGUGAUUUAUAGGGCCCCAGAGGUAGCAGGGCCAUGGGGAGCUCCUAGCCCACCCCUUCCCAGGCCCUUUUUGGGCCCCUGGAAGGUCCUCUGAUGUCAAGCUGUGGCCAUAGCUAGCAUGAGCUGUUUGGCCCUAGGGCCUGAAUAUUCUAGAAGACCAAGCUUGCAUUUGCUUUGACAGGGCCCUUGGGUACCUCACAGCUCCCUGUGGAUGCAGACUCCCUGAGGUUUACCUUAUACCCAAGUGAAUAUAUUGCUUAGCAGGGUGUGUGUGGGGAGGUCUCUCCUCCAUCUCUGCUCCCAUUUAUCUCUGUCCCAUACUUGCCUGAUAAAGAAGACAACAAAAUUUUAUUAUGCAAGUUGGGACUCAGCCCUCUUCAGUCCAGCCCCUCCCGGGGUGGGCAGUGUCACCAUUAUCCAUGGUGAGAAUACCCAGUUCACAAGCCUGGCACUGCACCCCAGCCCUUCCCCUCCUGAAUCUCAUGAAAACUCGAUUCUAGGGAGCCCUACCCCAUGUCAGGCCCAAGGCAGCUUGGGGCAGCCAUAUACUAUCCUGGCCAGCUCUGGGUGCCCCAGGCAUCCAGCCCCUACCAGAGCUUGCUUGCAGUUACACCUCAUCGGAUGGCUGAAGAGUUGACAAAGGGCUGGAACAACACAUGCCAAGCACUGCUCUCCAGUGGCUUCCUCUGGAACCUUUGAGGCUGGGAUGAGACCCUUUAGGAUUUGAGGUGAUCACUCCCUUCCAUCCCUUCCUUCAUGCCUCACCCAUGCACGUGAUAGAUUUGUCAGCCUGUUUUCUUAAGCUUCUUCACCUCAAUAUCACACUCACCCUUCUGGGUUUGUCCCAGUGUUUGGCUGAAAUUUCUCCACCUGCAGGAAGUAUUAGAGCCCCACCUAGACUUUUACCUUUGGGGCCCAGGGCUGCAGAAGGGCAGCCCUUGACCUCAGGAAGCUCAUGGUCAGGUGAAAGUUAUAGGGGGAAGUCAUGGGGGCCACUGCAUUCAGGGCUCCUUGGCUGCUGCUAGUCCAUAUAGUGCCUUGAUGUGAGUUAGAAGCAGUGCACCUUCCAGGUGGACCGGCCCAUGUUGGAAUGCACAGCUUUGUGAAUGGUGCACGGGCUGGAGUUUAGCCCCACUUACCCUAGCCAGUGCAACACAAGCUGGAGUGUUUCCUUGGGCCUCUUCCUGGGAGAAGGACCCAGAGCAUCUUUCAGAGUUUCUGAUUGGCUCCAGACCCCCCUCAGCCUGCAGUCCACAACUAUGACCAAGUCCUUCUAUGCAGGGCCCCUCUCCAUCUGGAGUCAGCCUGUCUAGAGUCAGGUGAGACCUUGGAGUGAGAUUGGGGGUGAAGGAACCCCACUGGGCCCCAGGCACCAGCCCAUAGUUUUGGCUCUGUGCUGACCACACUGGUACCUUCCAGUGGGCCAUGUAGGUGGCAUAUAGAGAGCAGUCUGGGCAGGAAGGAAGAGCAUGGUCCAAGGUGAAAAUCUACAGGCAGAGGCCGGCUGGACUUUCUCAGCAUUUCACCCAUGAGAAUGGUUAGGCCCCAUGAAGAGAAGAACUGAAUUAUUCAGUUGGAUUCCAUGGGCUGUCUCAGCCUCAAAGCACAGAGGGUGAGAGUGGGCACACUGGGGGCUGGUUUUAGCUCGGCUCAUUGCUGACAAGCUGGUUCCCACGUGGUGCCGUGAAAAGCAUGCUGGCCUAGAAGUUCACACUGCCUCCGGUCCAGUUGUCACCAACCAGCUGAGUAGCCUUGAGCAAGUCACUCAACCUCUUGGGCUCAGUUUCCCUAACUAUAAAAUGGGACAGUAAUCCCUUCUCCACCUGACUCAAGGCGCUUGAAGCCCAGAUGAGAUGAAAGUCAGCUCUGUAAGUUGCAGAUGGCUGCACAGACUGUGGUCCUACCACUGCAGGGCAGUAGCCCAGGGUCACACAGGAAGAUCACUGCGGGCUGAGUCCUCCUCCCACCAGUCUUCAUCUCUUGCCCCCUUCUCUCUUAGGCAGAUGUCAACCAGAAGGAGAUGCAGUCAGUUUGGGUUUGGUGACACAGCUGAGAGAAAAAUGCAGACACUAUUCAGGAAUGCCUUACCCAUAGAGAGUGGUCCAAGCAAUCAUGACAGAGAGACAAGCCAUGGAGAUUGCCAGGGAUUGGGCUGGUGGGCAUCCUGGACCCUCCCAGUCCUGGUGCCACUCCCAUCUCCCAGUUUUUUGAUCCCACAGAGGCCAGGAAGCCUUGGCUCUGAUCCCAGAUUAGGGAGAGCCACUAACCUCCAGGCCCAGGGAGGGCCAAACCACUAUUCCAUCAAAGAACCCCAAGGGUGAGGUGGAAUAGAAAUUGCCCUUUAUAGUGGAAGGCCUCCUCCAUCACAGCUACCAAUACACCUUGAUGACACUUGGGAGGCAUUUGGGCCCAGGGAAAACCCAGGCCCCUUACCCUGCUGACCUGUUCCCCAGUGGUUUCAGUGUCCCACAAAGACAGCUUCUCCUGCCAGUGACUGGGGACGGGACAUUCUUCACCCAUCCCAGAGGAAGGCAUUGGCCCCAAUCUUGAACUAUUAUAGGGUCUUACAGGCAUAGGCCUAUAUCUCUUCUGUUUUUCUUUUUAAAGUCGACAAGGACCAAAACACACUGUAUCUUGACCUACAUGCAUAAGCCUGCAUCGAGCAGUUUGAUGGCAUCUUGCCAUCUUUGUCCAGGCAGGUCUACUGCUUCUGUCCUCCCUCCAGGAUUGAGAUGGCCUACCUGUGGGGCAGAAUCCCCACCUCUUCCACUCCCCUGCAGAGUUCCUGCACUGUGGCUUCAAAGAGAGGCCCAUCGAAGGGGGGGCACCCCUGUCCCCCAGGAAUCUCCUCCAACUCUUCACUCUGAAAGGGGAGUCAAAGCACAGGUCCCCAGGACCCAUGACCUACAGACACUCUGAUAUAGUGGUUUUCAAACCAGGUGCUGUGGAACUCCUGGGUUUCACAGAGCUUCACCAGGGGCUGCUAAAGUGGGAAGAUGGGGGUGGAGGCAAAGGCGAGGUCUCCAGCUCUCCCCCAUCCCCACUUCCACCAGGACAACUCUGCUUUCAUCUGUCUUGCCUAUUGAGGUUACACCUUCAAACUUUGGAAGAAAAGCUUCAUCAAACCACCAUUCUGAGGUUUGAUCUUCAACCAGCAAGCACAGGUUCUCUUCUUGCUUUUCAUGUUGGAAUGGCUCUAGCAUUCCAAUACAAAGUGUCUUUGUAUUGGAACUUGGGUUGCAACCCAGGCCCAAGCACUUGCUUACACACACACACACACACACACACACACACGAUGGUUUUGUGGCAUACCCACCCUGAAGCUCUGGCCUGGGUUUUGAUUUGGGCAAGGGCCUGGUGCUCAGUGAGGAUGGGUCUUGCCUUGAUAUCAGCCCAUGCAGUGUGGGGGACUGUGGAACAAGGAAAUAGGCUCAGCCCCUACCCCACAGCUUGUGUCUGCACCCCACUCCCCUGGCCCAGGCCUAAGGGACACGUGGGAGAAGGAGAAACUAGACUCAGGUUCUUCUUUACGUGUAGCCAGAUGGGUGGAUGUCUGGGUUUUUCCAAAAGAAAUGUUGAGGGAGGACUUUAUGCUAGAGGUCCCUCCAUAAGGACAUAGUCCCUCUAGAGACUUUUAAGUGGCAAGUUUCCCUUGAGCAAUUCUAAUAGGAUUCUAUUCCCACAUCAGUGGACAAGCAAGUGUGGGGGCAACAGAAAGGUGCCUGAAGAGAUGCUACGGUUACGGUCUCCCACUCACAGUCUCCCACAUUCUCUGCCAACCUGCCCCUCUGCACAAGUUCCCCACAAGAACUGACCAAGGGGUGGCACAUUGGGGAGACCUGGACUAGCCUUUGACAAGGGGUCCUCCUUGGCCUCCUCCCACUGAGGGCAUUCUAGGUGGAAAUAUGAGGCUCAGGGCACAGCAGACCAUGUGGCAUGGGAGAAGGAGUCCUAAGUGCAGUCUGAGUAUGCCCCUGGGAACCUCCACUGAACUCAAUUUCCCCAUGUGUAAGAUGGGGCUUGUGCCAGGCCCUGCUCACCUCACAGGUUACUGCAAGGGGAGGUCAUGGGAAGUAUGAUAGGUGGUAUCAUACAAGAAUGAUGAAGUGGGAGUCACACAAACUUGGGGUGUAGUCAUGGCCUGAACGGUAGAUCAGCAAGUACUUGGGAGAAUGAGUAUGGGAGGUGCCAUCUUCCUGGGGCAUCUCUGCUCAGAGUUAAGGUCUAGCCACAGAUGCCAUGGGAGACCGGUCUCUUGCUACCCAAUGGGAGCCAGCAUUCAGCUUGGCACAGUGACUAUGGAUCCUGGACGCAGGGAGUGACAGGUGGCUGGGACAGGUCUCCAGGUCCGUAGCCCUUCUGUUAAGUGAUUAUUUUGUGACACCCUCUUUCCUGGGCCAUCUGCCAGGUUUAUCUGUUGUACCUGUGGCAUUCCUUACUAUGUCAGAUAAGUUAUUACAGUUUAUUCAACUCUAACAGGACAAAUGAACAAGAGAACCAUAAAUAGGAGACCAUUAAAGGUCUUUUGUGACA